CCCUACUAACAGAUGAGGCACCAAAUAUGUAUAUUAUAUUCUGGCAUUUUCCUGUUUCAGGUGUAUCGGGCACAAUACAGAAAAACAAAAGAGAUCGUUGCACUGAAGGCAAUAGAAAUGCACGACCUGAACAGCUACAAUACAUUUGGACAAAUUGUGCUAGAGCAGCGCAUCCUUAUGCUGGCGAAUAAGGAGAGAUGCCAUUUCCUAGUUGGAUUAUUCGCCUCCUUUCAGACAGAACAUCAUGUCUGUUUUGCUAUGGACUAUGCUGAAGGGGGCGACUUGGUUUGCCAACUGGAUGAGGAUGGAAUAUCAGUAGAGAGAACUCAAUUUUAUGCAGCCUGCAUUGUACUUGGCCUGCAGUUCCUGCAUGAACAUAACAUCGCCCAUAGGGAUUUAAAACCAGAGAAUAUCCUAUUGGAUAGCGAUGGAUAUGCCAAGAUUGCAGACUAUGGACUCAGCAGAGAAGGAAUGACCUAUGACACCUUAGCCUACAGCGAAUGUGGAUCUCUGUAUUAUAUGGCCCCAGAAAUAUUCCGAGAGGGCUACUAUACAAGAUCCGUAGACUGGUGGUCGCUGGGCGUUAUUAUUUAUGAAAUGCUUAUUGGAAAUGUAAGUAUCUAUUCAAAGAAAUAGGGAAUCACUGUCAGCCAUCGUAGGU